CGCUCUGUCCGUAUAUAUCUACCCGCGCGCGCGUCACGGCCUGCUCGCGCGGAUCAUCCGAACUCGACAAAUCUGCAGAAAGGCGCGCAACCCAGGAGCGAUCGAUCGAUCUUGAGUUCUCGUCCGACCGACCCAUGCAUCCGCUCCUGGGAGCGCUGCUCGUGGCGGGGGAGCGGCGGCGGCGGUGGUGGUCGUGGUGCUGGUGGCCGCCGUGCUGGGGCCCGGCGGCGCGGCACGGUGCGGCGUGGGCGGGCGCUCUGGCGCUGGCCGUCUCCGUGGCGUCGUUCGCGCCCGAGGCCGCGUUCGUGUGGGCGCUGACCGGCGGCGGCGGCGACGGCCUGUGCCCUGCUGGGGCCGUGCGGGUGCCGCUCGACGGCGGCGGCGACCACGUCUGCGUGCCGGCGAGGCUGGCCGGCCGGACCUGCGCGGACAUCCUCGUGCCGCCCGCCUUCGCGGCGCUCUCCGUCGGCGCCUCCGCCGUCUUCGUCAGAGCGCUCGCCAUCGGCCGCCGCCACGACUUCUAGCCACCGGACCGGCACGGCAACUGCCGUCGUGCGCGCGGAGCAGGGACGGAACGGCAACUGAACUGCCUCUCAGUCUCAGAGCCACAGAGCACGUGAGAACUCGUUUCCGUACAGAGAAUACGUAUUGCUGAUUUGGACACGUCUUUUGUUUUUCUCUCUACGUGA